GCUCAUCGCAACGGCUCUAUAAAUAGUCAGUCGUCCCGGCUCCUUUUCCCAGGACUCCACGCCUGAAUUCGGCACGAGACAAAAAGAGAUCACUGACUGGAAUCAGAUCACGGUCAGGGAGUCAGGGAGGGGGAGAGCUGAGAAGGAUGGCAAUGGCCAGCAGCGCUCCAGCUUGUGCGGCGUCGGACCUUGUUGCCAAGGGCAGGGAAUCGGCAGCUAUUCUGCAGGCCCUGCUCGUCGGCCAGCAGCCGGUGGUUGGCGCAGUCGCAACGCCCCACGGCCUCCAGGAACUCACAGAACAGAUCCUCCUCUGCUGCGACCGCGCGCUCGCCGCGCUGCGCAGUGGCACGGCGGAGGGCGCCGCUGCCGGCGGCGGUACCAGGAAGCGCAAGCCGGAGCGUGUUUACGGCCAGUCUGCUCCUCCUGCGACGAGCUCCAAAAGGACGAGGGGAGAGAGGGGAACAAGAACUGAGAAGAGACGGACAAUGGAGGACGGCUUCAUCUGGAGGAAGUAUGGCCAGAAGGAAAUCCACGGCAGCAAGUACCCGAGGCUCUACUUCCGCUGCACCUACAAGGACGACCACGGCUGCACAGCCAGGCGGCAGGUGCAGAGGUCGGAGGCCGACCCCUCCGUCUUCCUCAUCACCUACUUCGGUGACCACACCUGCUGCCGUGGCGACGACGAGCCUCUGGCGCCGUUCGUCAUCAACUUCGGUUCCAGCAGUAGCGACGGACAGCCUAGCCGCAGUUCGCCGUGGCCUUCUUGUGACGACGACGGUCCGGUGGUCUGUAGGUCACCGGAUUUGUGCAAUUCGCCGGAAGAGGAGCUGCGAUCAGGCAUGGCGGACAACGAGUCUGAGUUCAUCGACCAGUCAACAUCUGUGCCGGAGCCGACGAGUAUGAGCCCGAUGGAUGGGUGCUUGGAUUGGACGCUUUGCGAUGGGGAGAGCUCGUUUGACAUCGGCGAAUUCGUCGGACAAGACUUCGAUUACUUUGGCCUGCUUUAAGAGAUACUAGUAUAUGCGCCUUUCGAAAAAAAUAGAUACUAGUAUAUGCAUGAUCGGUGUACAGACAGGUAUUGGUCGAUCAGGCCAAACGGAGUAGCUUAAUUUUGAUUGAGAAAUAAUGUGUUAGUAUAUAUGCAGUAAGGGUAAUAUAUAAGUGCGUGCAUCAUGUUGUUUUGCCAGCUGUCAUCAUGCUUCUUAAAUUAAAAAGGCAAAUUAUGA